AUGGCAGGAUGGAAGAAAGUACUUGAACGAUUGAAGAACGGGAAGAAAAAAAAAAGCACGAAGACACACGAACUUCAAGUUGACAGAUUCAUUUUGGUUGAGAGGUCUGGCCAGAAGAGCCAGGCAGAAAUGCUGCCCCAACGCAAGCUGGGAAGGACUGUCCAAAUCGGGAAGGAACGAACUGCCAUGAGCGAGGGACGGGACGCACUGCACGGUGCGCGUUGA